GUUUUCUUGCCAGCAAACAUGCGUGUGUUUUUACUUACGUGAGGGAUGUCGAGACAGCAGUUUUAUCGGCAAACAAAAUAUAAAUUUAUCUGAUUUCUCUCGCGAGUUUUCGUUCUGUUAAGGUGUGGACGUACUGCUUUUGUUCCAGGUGUCAACCCAUGCGUCGGGACACCGGAAUUGUGAGGCGUUGACCUAUUGCUCUUUUGGCAACCGUCCUAGUGAGGUUAGCGUAGUUUUAUUCCUGACAGGAAAGCCUUUCGGGCGUAGGAACUACAUAUGACGUGGUUUCAUUUGAUGUCGUGUUUUCAAGUCACCGAAUGAACGCCAAAAGGGCUACGGAGGGGUGCGCUGUGCGAUGUAAGACCUGAGGAAUAUGAACGAUAUUCGUUGCUUUCGAAGCACCAUGGGCGAAAUACUGCACACGGAUCUGGACAGUUCAACGUCGCCCGCGAGGCUGGAGUAUACUUCCGAAAAGCAUUCUAGGCACACACUCGAAGCCAUCAAUCUGCUUCGACUACAUCGAGAGCUUUGCGACGUCGUUUUGCUUGUGGGAAACAGGAAGAUCUUCGCUCAUCGAAUAGUUCUGUCGGCAUGCAGCCCAUAUUUUCACGCAAUGUUCACCGGUGAAUUGGCGGAAAGUCGGCAGACUGAGGUGACAAUACGAGAUAUAGAUGAACACGCAAUGGAGCUGCUCAUGGACUUUGCUUACACAUCACACAUUGUGGUGGAGGAAGGCAACGUGCAGAUGCUGCUGCCAGCGGCCUGCCUCUUGCAAAUGGCAGAGAUUCAGGAUGUCUGCUGCGAGUUUCUCAAAAGGCAACUGGACCCAACCAACUGCCUUGGCAUCCGCGCAUUUGCUGACACACAUUCGUGUCGUGAACUUCUGCGUAUAGCGGACAAGUUUACGCAGCACAACUUUCAAGAGGUGAUGGAAAGUGAAGAAUUCCUUCUUUUACCAGUCAACCAGUUGGUAGACAUAAUAUCAAGUGACGAACUCAACGUCCGGAGUGAAGAACAGGUUUUCUCAGCAGUCAUGUCUUGGGUAAAAUACAAUGUUACAGAAAGGAGACAGAACUUGGGACAGGUACUUCAGCAUGUUCGGCUCCCUUUGCUCAGCCCAAAGUUUCUUGUGGGCACAGUGGGCUCAGAUCUUCUCAUUAAGAGCGAUGAAGUGUGUCGCGACUUGGUGGAUGAAGCCAAGAAUUACCUGUUGUUGCCCCAAGAAAGGCCACUCAUGCAGGGCCCACGCACUAGGCCUAGGAAGCCUGUGCGUAGAGGUGAAGUCCUCUUUGCAGUGGGUGGAUGGUGCAGUGGCGAUGCUAUUGCCAGUGUGGAGCGCUAUGAUCCUCAGGCUAACGAGUGGCGAAUGGUGGCACCCAUGAGCAAACGUCGGUGUGGUGUUGGUGUUGCAGUGUUGAAUGACCUUCUUUAUGCUGUUGGUGGUCAUGAUGGCCAGUCAUAUCUUAACAGCAUUGAACGGUAUGAUCCCCAAACAAAUCAGUGGUCAAGUGAUGUUGCCCCGACAAGCUCCUGCCGUACAAGUGUCGGAGUGGCUGUACUUGAUGGUUACUUAUAUGCUGUGGGAGGUCAAGAUGGCGUGUCAUGUCUCAAUUUUGUUGAAAGGUAUGACCCACAGACAAAUCGAUGGGCCAAAGUGGCGCCUAUGAGCACGAAGAGGCUUGGGGUGGCUGUGGCUGUGUUGGGCAGUUACCUUUAUGCCAUGGGUGGCUCAGAUGGCACAUCUCCACUCAACACGGUGGAGCGAUAUGACCCACGGACCAACCGCUGGAGUUCUGUGGCAUCCAUGGGCACUAGGCGCAAGCAUCUGGGCUCAGCUGUUUACAGCAACAUGAUCUAUGCUGUUGGAGGUCGUGAUGACACUACAGAGCUCAGCAGCGCAGAACGCUACAAUCCACAAUUGAACCAGUGGCAACCAAUAGUGGCCAUGACUUCACGGCGCUCUGGGGUUGGACUGGCAGUAGUGAAUGGACUUCUUUACGCUGUCGGUGGAUUCGAUGGCACCACAUACCUGAAGACAAUAGAAGUGUACGACCCUGAACAGAACCAGUGGAAACUCUGCGGAAGUAUGAACUACAGGCGUCUUGGAGGUGGAGUCGGUGUUGUAAGACUUCCACAGCAUGAGGCGCACUACUGGUGAAACCAAAUCUUUGGCGGUGCCCGAAAACCAUUGUGUGGGCCUGUGCAUUCAGAGACUUUGAAUAGGUUGAAAGGUUCUGACCUUCAUACUAGGCACCUUGGUGAUUUUAAAUUGCAUGCCAGCAGUUGAAGUUAGCUACAAGACUCAACCAAACAUUGACUGGCCACUUGUGCUGUGUACUACUAUGUGGUCAUGUUUCAUAGGUACUGACAGGCAUUGAUGCAUGCUCUCUCGAGUUGCUAAAAAGUAGUUUUUUUGUGCCACACCUACAUAUGUUUUUUAUUAGUGUAUAUUUUUGAACUAAUUGUGUAUUUGAGACUGCUGACCAUUUAAUUAAGUAUUUUUUCCUGUUUUAGCUCUCAGGGAGCUGUAUUUUUGCAGUUGUGUUUUAAAGCAGUUGCACCUGCUUCAGCACUAAUGGCUAGGCCUGCACAAUUAUUGCCAUGUAUGACUGUAUGGCAUGACAAGCAGUUUUUAAUACUCACUACUGCAAUGCUGUUGGUGCCUAUGAAGUGAGGAUUCAAAAACAGUGUACAAUGUGUAUGAAUGUUUUUAGAGUACAUGGAAAUGUUUUUAAACUUCCUCGCUAUGCACAACCUACUCUACUCUACAGACAAUGACAAAUGCAGUCUCCUCAAUUUUGGUGUACUUUCUGCACUAGUACAGGCACUGCAGCGCUAACUACCCAUAUUUGGCAUUUUGGAGAGCUAGUUCUGUACAAAAUAGCAGAACAAUAAGCCACUUGUUUUAGCAUCUGUUGCAUAAACAUUAAGAAUGAGUAGCAAAGAAAUUAUUUUAGUGUUUGACCAUUUUGGACAUUCAUAUUAGCUAUGAUGUAAAACUGUGUGAAGCCCAGUGGCAUUGCACAGACCUGUGAAGCUGCUAUGUCGGUCUAGAACCAGAGAUAUUACUUGCUCACUGAUGUUCGAUUUUUUUAGCUGCAGCAAAUUUUUAACAGUAUUUUACCAUCCAUAUAUGUUUUUGGGUUUACUCAGCUCAUUCGUUAACCCACCUAUUCAAAUCUGUGACCAGUGAUUGAUGAUUUCAUCCACUAAUUUCAGCAUGUUGAAAUAGUUUCUGAGAUACAUAGCAAUACUAUUCAUUAAGUAGUCUAGGAAAAGGCUUUAAGAGAAUGUUGUAUUUUUUGUUUUUAUGGUAGAACUGUGAUUUUUGGCACAGCUUUCAGAACUGUUUGGCAAAAUUUUGCCCUUGCCACUUAAAAAAAAAAAAAUGCAUGCAGGUUUUGAUUAUGGUCCCCCAGUGUUGAAAUUUUAGUGAUCAGAGCAUCAGCAGAUCAAGCAGCAAGUCUUGGAAUGACAAUACAUAGUCAGAUUAACGAUCUCACAUUGCUGAAGGGCAGUAAUUCGAAGUAAAUGUCAGCAGCUGUCUGCCAGUAAGUUUAGGUUUCGACCCAAAUUGGUUUAUUUCUCUCAAGCACAUUUGGAAAGGUCUGCCACACGUCCUACAUGCAGAACUGGGCAUUUUCAUGAUGGUUAGUAUAUCUGCAGUUUCAGAAAGCCCCAACUUCAGCUAGUUGUUCUGAAUUGAGCUCCUACAGCAGCUGCCAAGCCCCAACAGAGAAGAUUUAUGAUGACCUUUCUGCUCUAAAACCAGUACCAGAUCAUCAAUACUAACCCAGGAAGGUGUACAAGUGGCAGUAAUGCAAGAUCUACUGUCUGGAGCAAAGUCUAUCAUAAAACAAAUGUUUACAAUCAGAAAUGCAGUCUACCUUUAACCUACAAAGUAGAGGAACUGCUUCACCGCAUGGCAUGGUCACGGGAAAGACUAACCUUUUUGUGUUUCAUACUGAAAGAACAGUUCUGUGCAGACUGUUUUGUGAAAAGUGUUCUUUUUAUCCAUUUAUCUGUGAAAUGUAUUUACUCUGAAUUUCUUUUUACAUCAGUGUCCUUUUUAUUUUUUAUAGAUAUAUCGAUAUUUAUAGUAUCUUUUUUCAAACAGCCAUAAAAAUGUCGGAUUCUCAAAUGUUUAUCUAUUUAUUAUUUUUCCUUGCAACUUAUGUAUUUGGAAACGCCAAUUAGCUUUCUACAGGUUAUAAUGCUGCAUUACAUGCGAAAGCAUUGUCUGUAGUGAUAAAAUAUAAAAUUGCUGUUUCAUAGAUCCCUAAAAAAUAGUUUACCUGCAGUAACAGAAGAAUUCAAAAACUGUGGCACUCUCAUUCUUGAUGUUGCCUAUGGAUGUGACGUACAAAACUGUUGCUUCCGAACCUUUAUUGAACACUUUGUCAAACAGUGUAACAUGUGCCUCCCACUUUUCAGGUAAGCCUCACUGUGCUGUCACUGUAAAAUGUAAUUGCUGUUAAGCUUGCCAAUUUUUCUCUUUUCACAGUGCUUGGAGGAAGCAUAUGCUGCUUUUCCUUCAAGCACUUCUCAAGCUCUAGUUGAGAUAAAAAACUGUCUUACUAAAAUACUUUUUUUCUUGCAUUACAGCAUGUACAGGAAAAGACCAGGUACAUUUUCUUUUCCUUAUACGCUCAAUGAAAAUAUGGCCAGGUGUACUUUCGCCUCCAAAUAUAAGAAAUAGCUCACACAUGUAGAAGCACUAGAGUUUUUCUUCAGUGUGCCAGAAAAUUGCAAUGGUAACACAUUCUUGAGUAUUGCUGAGAGCUCUGAACUGCUGCCAGAAAAGCCUCUUGAUAAUGGAGAAAUGGCAGACAAACCUCCCUGUUUGAGCAACUAGUGCUAGAGAAACGUGCUUCUUGUGCAUGAACAAUGGAAAAUAGUGAUCUGCAUGUUUAUUUUAAUUUCAAAAAAUAUUUUGUGCUUACCCUCAGUUUGCUCUCGAUUUUGCUACAAAAUAGCAUUUUUUUAUCAGAAUUGUUUGAUGUAACACUUGGCAUCACUGCUUGGUUGGUUCGCCUGGAAAAAAAAUGAACAAACACCACUGUCAUAUGAGCAUAAGAGAGCUGCUGCCUAAAUUGGACUAGCGUCACCACCUCUCAGCAACUUGAAACAAAAAAAAGGUGUGUGGAUAAUUAGUGUGCUAGGGCAACUUUGUGAGGUCACGGUUGAUGUGAAAAUUUAGUUUCAUCUUGUCUUGGUCGAGAUCACAAAAUGGUUUCACAUUAUUGAAAUAUGAAGCACCCAAGCCCAUUAAGUUUUCCCGUUUUCUUUAGUUGCCAACAGGCAGCGAGACCAGUCCAUGUCCAUGCAGCAACUCGCUUAUGCUCCUAUGUCAUUGUUUUUUUUUAUGAAUAAGCCAAGCAGCAAUGACAAGUGUUGAUGAUGUGGACUAAAAAAUGUGAUGUUGUAGUGAAAUUUGGAAAUAGACAAAGCCUUCUACUCCCCCAGUAACUGUCAUUGCAAUGUGCAUAAAGUGCAGAAACUGUGUUUAUUUUCAACUGUUGGUGUAAAAAAAUUGUGUGUAUGCAAAGAACUGUAUGCCUCCCUUAUUUGUGACAAAAAGCCAUGGAAGCUGGGACGCCAAAGUUCUGGGAAUCCCCUCACAUUUGUUGCCGGUGGUGAACACAGCUGCAGACAUUAUGGCUGCUGUUUGUAUUGAAAUACAACUGUUUCACUUGGAAAGUGAGAGCCAUAGACUGUGGAGCAUGUGUCUCCUCUUUGUGCUAUGACCAAGCAAGUGGUGUGUUGUGUGCUUGAACUUUUUUUUAUUAACUGUUGCAACCAAAUGUAUGGGGUGGUGGGCUGCAAAUGAAUGUGAUGCUUUCUUGCCGAGCUCUGUUAGGCUGGCCUGCAGUGUACAUAAUUGCCUGUGGUUCUGUGUAAACUUGGGGAAGUUGGACAAAUGCUGUAUACCACUGCAUUCACAUUUUGAAGUUGCUCACUGUAAGGCUGCCAAGUUUUGUGCCUCUUGCUCCCCAUCCUGCAUGCUUUUCUUGCCAUCACUUGUUGCACUUACUUAGGUGCCAUUAUUGGCUUUUAUUUGAGGAACUUGUGCAAAAAAAUGUACCAAAGCACUACAAAUGCUUUCUCACUGUAAAGAAAAAUUGUUAACGUGCGCAUGCUACAUGAAGCCUUAGCUGCUCACAACAGAGAAGGCUUCACAGUACUGCUGCACUAAUCCAUUAGAUUCAUGCAUGCCACAUAAUGUAUGUGUCGUGCUCACAUACAUUAUGACAUGAACUAGUGUGGCAAUGUAAACCAUUUGAGGAGAUUACUAUAGAGCUAAUCUCUUUUCAUCAGAGAACAUUAGCAUUUUACUAGUGUUCUUAUCGGCUCAUGCAAUUAAACAUGUUUCACACGAUGA